GGCUUUGAGUACUCGAGUGCGAGCACGGGAGCGGCAACGGCACGUCUUUAGCGCUGCCGCGGGGUGUCCCAACGUAACCUAACGUGCUGAGGAGCGAGAACAAGCUCUGCGUGCACGCAGACCCAACAGACCUCCGCAGAGCUUGCAAAGCCCAAAGAGAGCUCAGGCAAAAUAGCGGUGCGAGUGACCGCUCAAACACGUGCAGGACUUGCUCACUUCGAGCAAGGACUCUCUACGCGACGUGAGACCACUUAAACCGCGCAGCGGCGUGCGCCGGGGACACAAUCAUCCUCUACACACUACUCCUCGCAUUGCCAGCCAUGUCGGCCGGCGUGGCCCGCAGUGGUCGGCAGCUGACGGUCACCGUAUACUCCGAUUUUGCCUGACCUUGGUGCUGGGUGGGCGCGAAGAAUCUCGACGCGGCCAUCGACCAAAUCAAGGGCGAGGGCGUCGACGCGACCGUCUCGUGGGAACCGUUCAUGAUCGACCCCGGCACGCAAGAAAACGGCGAAGACUACCUAGCGUACAAUCGACGGCGGUGGGGCAGCGACGGCUGGACGCAUUCGCUGCGAGCCAAGGGCCGCAAGGUCGGCGCGCCGUUCGCCGACUGGAAGAUCUGGCCGAACACGUUACGCGCGCACCAGCUCCUGCGCUUCGCGCCGCGCGAGAAGGAAGCGCAGCUGAAGAAGGCCUGUUUCGAGGCGAUCUACGAGAACGGGGAGAACGUGUCGGAUCCGGAAACAAUCUGUCGCAUUGCCUCGGAAAAUGGGGUUGAUGUUGAAGGCUUCCGGAAGGUCCUAGACACGCCGGAGGCGCAGCAGGACGUCCGCAGAGCUUGUGCACAGGCGUCGCAGCGCGGGGUCCGAGGCGUGCCGUAUUUCGUCGUUCAAGGCCGAGAAGACGCGCGCCCGGUCGGCUUCUCUGGAGCCGUAGAUGCGCCACAGCUCGUUGAGAUAUUCGGCGAGGUCCUCUGAAUGCGGUGGUGUCGUGAUUCGAGCGUCGUGACCGCGCGCGAUGGGG